GGCAAAGGCAGAGGUGCAGCACACACUGGAGGGUGGGCAGCAUGGCCAGGGUCACGGCCAGACUGUGCCAGGAACGAGCAGCGGCGGACGGGCUCGGAUCCAACAGGAAUGCCAUCAAGUAUCUGAAGCAGGACUAUGAAGCCCUGAAGCAGCAGUGCCUGCAGAAUGGCACACUGUUCAAGGAUGAAGAGUUCCCAGCCUGUCCUUCUGCUCUGGGCUACCGGGACCUGGGACCAUAUUCCUUCAAAACUCAGGGGAUAGUCUGGAAGCGCCCCACGGAGUUAUGUGCUAAUCCUCAGUUUAUAAUUGGAGGAGCUACCCGAACAGAUGUCUGCCAAGGAGAGCUGGGUGAUUGCUGGCUCCUAGCUGCCAUUGCAUCUCUCACUUUGAAUCCAGAUAUUCUGUUCCGUGUUGUCCCCAAGGCUCAGAGUUUCCAGAAGGACUAUGCUGGAAUCUUUCAUUUCCAGUUCUGGCAGUAUGGGGAGUGGGUGGACGUGGUGGUGGAUGACAGGCUGCCCACCAAGAACGGGAAGCUGGUCUUUGUGCACUCGGAGGAGGGCGGCGAGUUCUGGAGCGCGCUGCUGGAGAAAGCCUACGCCAAGUUGAAUGGCUCUUAUGAAGCUCUGGCAGGAGGGUCCACUGUGGAGGGCUUUGAGGAUUUUACUGGAGGCAUCUCUGAGUCCUAUGAGCUGUGCAGGGCUCCUUCAAACCUGUUCCAAAUCAUCCAGAAGGCCCUGAGAGCUGGGUCACUGCUCGGCUGCUCCAUCGAUAUAACUGCUACAGCUGAAAUAGAAGCAAUCACAAGUCUGAAGCUGGUCAAAGGACAUGCUUACUCUAUCACUGGAGCAGAGGAGGUAUAUUACCGAGGACGGCCAGAGAAACUAGUGAGGCUUAGGAAUCCCUGGGGUGAAGUAGAAUGGACUGGAUCUUGGAGUGAUAAUGCUCCUGAGUGGAAUUAUGUGGAUUCCAAACAAAAGCAGGCUCUGGAUAAACAAGUAGAUGAUGGAGAGUUUUGGAUGGCAUUUUCAGAUUUCCAAAGGCAUUUCAGCCGCCUUGAGAUCUGCAGUUUGGCUCCUGACACACUGACAAGCAACAAGGUCGACAAAUGGGACCUGACCCUGUUUAAUGGAGAGUGGAGACGGGGCUCAUCUGCUGGGGGCUGCCAGAACUACCAAGCAACCUACUGGACCAACCCCCAGUUUAGAAUCCGGUUGGAUGAAGCAGACGAUGACCACGAAGGGAGUGUGAGCGAGCCAUGCUGUACAAUCCUGGUGGGCCUGAUGCAGAAGAACCGCAGGAGACAGAAGAGAAUGGGAGAAGGUCUGCUCAGUAUUGGUUAUUCACUCUACCGGAUUCCUCAGGAGCUGGAAAACAGCACAGAUGUGCAUGCAGGCCGUGCUUUCUUUGCAAGGCACCAGCCAGCAGCCCGGACUGCGUCCUACGUGAACCUGCGCGAGGUGUCCAGCCGCAUGACGCUGCCCCGGGGACAGUAUCUCAUCGUGCCCUCCACCUUCGAGCCCUACAAGAGCGGGGAGUUCUGCCUGAGAGUUUUUGCUGAGAAAAGGGCGAAAUCACAGAUGAUGGAUGAUGAGGUGUCUGCAAAGCCAUACGAGCCUCAGGUUGAUAACAAAGAUACAGACGAUGAGUUCAAGACUCUAUUCCAAAAGCUCUCUGGAGAGGACUGUGAAGUGACUGCAACUGAACUUCAAAGGAUCCUAAACCGGGUUUUGGCAAAGAGAAAGGAUGUGAAAAGUGAUGGAUUCAACAUUAACACUUGCAGGGAGAUGAUCAGCCUUUUAGAUACCGAUGGGACGGGCACCUUGGGACUUGUAGAAUUCAAGACACUUUGGAUGAAGAUUCAAAACUAUUUGGCCAUCUAUAAGAAAGUGGACAGUGACUACUCUGGCACCAUCGACUCCCAUGAGAUGCGGAAUGCCCUGAGAGAGGCGGGUUUCAGGCUCAAGGAGGAGGUGCAGCACAGCAUCGUCACCCGCUACGCCUGCAGCACCAAGCUGACCAUCGACUUUGAUGGCUUUGUGGCCUGCAUGAUCCGCCUGGAGACCCUGUUCAAAGUGUUCCAUCUCCUGGACAAAGACAAGAAUGGAAUCAUCCAGAUCUCUCUUCCUGAGUGGCUGUGCUGCACACUGGUUUGAACCACGGUCAAUCAAUUCAGCAGAGACCUCUGAGGCUCUUCUGAGCAUGAAACCUCUUGUUUGGCAUCUCCUUGUUGUGAAAAACAGAAAGAGAAACUUGUUUUUAUUCCUGGCAAGUUACUUUAAGACAACAAAAAUGAUCUACUGUCAGUUAUAAAAUAAAUGCAUUUUUAAACAAACAAAUAAACAAGCCCAGCACUGACGUCCUUCGCUUUUCCUGCCCAAAGAGCAUUGCUCCAUGCCAUGCUGAAAUCUCAUCAAUUUUGACUUAGCAUGCAUGGGCCCAGGUGGGUAUGGUUUGACUUCUGACUGUGCAGCAAAGUUCAGCAGUGUUCAAAAUCCUGGAAGGGAUCUCCAUUGCUGCAGAAUCCAGCAUAUGUUUUGCUCCAUGCUCAAGAGCAUGGGCAAAAUUUAUGUGGCUGCCCUGGCAACCUCCCUUUGCGGACAAUUGUCUGCUUUGGCUGUGCCAAGUGUCUGCAGAAGCUGGGGCUGAGGAGCUCGGAGGCAGAUGCUGAGCUGCUGGGAGCACAGAGGAUUUGGGCACAGACACAGCUCCAAGGAUUAACUGGGAAUCAGGAAAAUGUGAUGGCACUCCUCCACAAGUCUCGGCUCGGUCCUCCAGGAGGAGGAAAGACGAUGGAAGGUCAGACUCAAUUUUCUGCAGUUAUUUCAGCUGAGAUUUUCUCCUGUGAAUGCUUGUCCAUAUGCAUGCCCAAAGAUGGGAUUUGGAGCUUUAGUUUAAUGAGCGACUGGAGCUCAGAAGCUCAUGAAGGCAAGAAACAAAAAAUGUGCACGUAGGGGGUCCAGGAGCCUGAGAAUGUGAGGGAUGUACUAAUGUGGAUUGUGACUUAAAGAAGAAACUGAAGCUAGCUGGCUUCAGCUGUCUUAAA